CUGAAUCCAGAGGACGAUAUGGCUGGCUUCUAUCAGAGCAUGAUCACUUGCUACACGAGAGGGAUCGUGCUGUCCGUGUGGUUGGAGAGUUACGUCAGAAAAGAGGCCAGAUGCUUUCGGUUUUGGUUACGUCAAUGCACUGUGAGUUUUCAUCAUCUGAACUGGAGCGUGCAACUGAAAAUUUCAGGAGUUCGCUGAAGAUUGGAGAAGGUGGGUUUGGAUGUGUAUACAGAGGUAUCCUGCGGAACAUGACAGUUGCAAUAAAGGUGUUGAAAAUUGAUAGUUUACAGGGACGAUCACAGUCUGAGCAAGAGGUUGCUAUCCUGAGUAGAGUGAGGCACCCUCACCUUGUAACUCUAUUAGGAGCAUGCUCGGAGUCAUCUUCACUUGUCUAUGAGUUCUUACCAAAUGGAAGUCUCGAAGAUUUUCUUGUGUCCGCAGAUAAGAGGCGAACUCUGCUGUGGCAAAUUCGCAUCCGAAUCAUUGCUGAGAUUUGUUCAGCGCUGAUAUUUCUGCACAAGAAUAAACCUCACCCAGUUGUUCAUGGAGAUUUGAAGCCUGCCAACAUCCUUCUUGAUGCUAACUUAGUCAGUAAGCUUAGUGACUUUGGUAUUUCUCCCCUAAUCCAGUCCAGCACCAAUAACACUACCCUGUAUCGCACCAUGCAUCCUGUGGGAACCCCUCUGUACAUGGACCCAGAAUUCCUUGCCACUGGAGAGCUGACACCUCAGUCCGAUGUUUAUUCUUUUGGGAUUGUGGUCUUACGCCUUUUGACAGGAAAGCCUCCUGUUGGUAUAAAGAAGAUUGUGGAGGAUGCGAUGGAGAAAGGCGACCUGAACUCGAUACUGGAUACCUCAGCAGGAGAGUGGCCUGAUGCGCACGUCCUGCAGUUAGCACACCUUGCUCUCAGUUGCACAGAGCUCAGCCGGAGGUGCCGUCCUGAUCUUUCAGGCGAGGUGUGGAGAGUGGUUGAGGCGAUGAGGGAUGCUGCAUCGGUAUCUUUGGCCUCAUCUUUUAGAUUAGUGUCGGAUGAAAUUCGCAUACCGUCAUAUUUCAUCUGCCCUAUAUCUCAGGAUGUCAUGAAUGAUCCACAUAUCGCAGCGGAUGGAUUCACUUACGAAGCUGAGGCCAUCAGGAGCUGGCUCAACAGUGGCCACGACACAUCUCCAAUGACCAACUUGCGACUUGAACACGACGAGCUCAUUCCCAAUCACGCACUUCGUUCUGCCAUUCAGGAAUGGCUCCAGCAGCAUAACAUGGCGCUGUAGCCUGUUCAAUUGCUGCGUACUUCUCCCCUCUCCCACAAAUCGCAGUACGUUGCCUCUACCAAAGUCUUGGUCCUGAACUCCCCAUGUAUAAUUUCGUUGGUCAGCAAUUGUUGUCUAAUCUGGCCAAACUUCCAGCCAGCUACAUAUGCCUCUGCUAUGAAUUGUCGACUUGUACCGACCACUAGUACUUGCGCUAGAGCAUCUUUUAUGAAGUGAGAGCUCCAGCAGUGCUAAUGCAAAGCUCUCCCAAUGGUUGUCAGUAGUCUUUUUUAAAUAAUGACCAUCAGUUGCCUUCAUGUCUUGCACCACAGGACAGCACUAC